UUUGUGUUUGCCGGUGUGUGUCGUACAGGUACGUGAACACGUUGCUGAAGCUAGUCCCUCCAGUGCUGGCUCUCCAGGACCAGCUCAGAGAGGCCGUCCAGAGCGGCGACAUGGAGACUUGUCACGGCAUUUGCCGCGUUGCUGUUACGUUGGGAGAGAACCACUCCAGGAUUCUGCUGGAGCAGGUGGAUCACUGGCAGAGCUUCCUUGCUUUAGUCAACAUGAUCAUGUUUUGCACAGGCAUCCCCGGCCACUACCCAGUUAACGAGACCACCAGCUCGCUCACACUGACCUUCUGGUACACGCUACAAGAUGAAAUCAUGUCAUUUGAGACAAACAAGCAAGCAGUGUACCUGCAAGUGUACAGGCCAGUGUAUUUCCAGCUUGUGGAUGUUCUGCUCCACAAAGCCCAAUUCCCCUCGGACCAAGAGUACGCAUCGUGGACCUCAGAUGAAAAAGAGCAGUUCCGUAUCUACAGGGUGGACAUCUCUGACACGCUCAUGUAUGUCUACGAGAUGCUGGGUGCUGAGCUGCUGAGUAAUCUCUAUGACAAACUGGGUCGACUCUUGACAAAUACAGAGCAGCCCACGUCGUGGCAGCACACAGAGGCUUUGCUGUACGGUUUCCAGUCCAUUGCGGAGACGAUAGACGUCAAUUACUCUGACGUCAUUCCGGGCCUCAUAGGCCUCAUCCCCAGAAUCAGCAUCAACAACGUUCAGCUGGCUGACACAGUGAUGUUCACUAUUG